UGGGUCCGUAUAUUAUUCCACAGCCUUGUCUCCGGAAGCUUUUAGCCACGUGUAGAACUACUCCGCCACAUUCGGUCUCUUGCAAUUUAGAGCCUUUCUCUUCGUUUGUUCUUCCUCAACAUUCAGCGCUCAGCGCUCAGCUCAAGUACUAGACUGUCGUCUACAAUAGAUACUCUUGCCACUGAGGCGUACCCUAACCUUCCGGGUCGGAUACGGCCAACAAACUACUGUUCUGCUCUAGCAAUCUGCUCGGGCAUGGAGAAUGACCCAGGGUCGGUCGCUGAACAACGCGCCAAUGCAGUCGCGAAGCUCAAACGCGCUGCAUCUCUACCACGACUGAAAAAUGGAAGGCGACCCCAGAUGCAUAAUGAAGUUGUUAGCGAAGGGGAGAAAACCCUGCAUGACGACGUUCAGGAUCCAUCGCAAGACACGCCCCCCGAGCGCGACUCUAAUCUUGACUCACAGCCGAACGUACAGCCUGAAGAAAACCAAGGCACACCUGAGCUGUCCAAUGUUACCCGUAAACGCCGCUCACGUUCACGCUCACGUUCUAGGGGUUCUAAGGAUCUCAGAAAAUUUAAACCUCCCCAGUCUCCUUUGCCAACGUCUGUCACGCCCAGCAACGAUUCUUCUCCUGAUGAUUCGCCACCCUCACGAGCUGAAUACUUUCCACUUCCACACUCAAUUCUCGCCCCAAUACCCUCUCAUCUUCAUCCGUUACCCCCUUCUCCGUUCAUCUUACCUGGUUUCUCAAUGGCAGAGAAUCCUUUUCUACCUUCUGGUGCUUCUUCUCCUGUCCCAAGAUUUCCCACACUGGAGGCUCUGGUGUCACAUCAAGGGCUUCAGCGAUCAAAUAGUGCAGGUGCUGCCCGUAUGCUAACUCUACAGAACACGUUACAAAAGCUUACGGGUGGCACGGAAUUAAUGGAAUCAACAUUUCCAUCGCCAGCAGUAUCCCCUCAGCCGUUGGGCAGUAAACUGGGCCGAAACAAUACUGUGUCUGGAGGGGAGACCUCCGAACGUAGCACUGCCCGAAGGCUUAUGAUGGCACAACUGAACAAGAGGAUGAUAAAAGAGACGGAUCUAGAAGAGGAAGAUGUUCGUCCAUUUAGCCCCUCAAAGCGACGCCCGAGAAGACGUUCAAAACGCCAGUCCAUCAAUCCUCCAGUGGCGUCAACUACGGACGAAUCUGAUCUUCUUUCGACUUCCAAUACCACGCCCAACCGUUCCAAUACCCCUCAACCUCAACCCGAGGGAUUAGCUCCCAACAUAGAGCGUACAUCGUCCACCACUCCCAUACCCCCGAUACCGAUAUAUCCUCCUCCUGUAACGCCAAGCAUCAACCUUAAUGAAACCAUCAACUCCAGCCGUCAAUCCACCCCUGUGCGAGCGGUGCCACCCACUCACUUUGAUCACGCGGCCCGGAAACGACGAGAGAGCGUUCUGAUAGAGGAUCCAGAUGACGAAGACCGGAUUCCCCCACAAUCAACGUAUUAUGGACUACCGGGCGCUCCGAGUCGGCCCUCUCCUAGUAUUUCCCCGCGCCUUCCUCAUUCCUCGGACGUCUCCACUGAUUCGGCACCUCCCGAUGCCACAAAUGUGCCAGUAUACUUGGCCUCGCAGCUUGAGAGGACUCCGUCUCGGCAAGCCAGAUUCCCAUCUAGUCCCUUCGCAAGACCUCAUAAGGAGAUAUCGUUAUCAUCCGACCAAGAGGAGGAACGCGAUCGGGAUGAUGAGGAAUUUUUUCCAACGGAAGCUUUCCGACGGUCUCCAUAUCAUGAUGGUCUCAACCGCGAAAUUAGUUGGGUGGCAGAGCCAGUGCCAGAAACACCCAUGCUUGUGCAUGAAGAGACAGAAGAGGAAGAGGAUGAUGAUGAACCGCUGCAGGAGGAGCCAUCCCAGCAUAUCACAGAAGAUGAAGAUGACCGUCCGCCUCCAGAGUCGCCAAGAGAAGAGUAUAGUCCCAAGAUUGAGGAACCAUCACCUCGCGCAUCUGCUGACUCAAAGGAACUUGUUGUGGAAUUAGAGACCUCUCCUUUGCCUACACCCGCACUCACUUCGCCGACGCCCUCGUCAUUUGUCAACCUUCCUAACACCGCUUCCAUAGUUCGCAGCAGUGAUGAAUCGGAUUCACCACAGUACCCUCAGCGGCUUUCGGUAGCUAUUUGCAUGCACAGUGAAAAGUCGCCAGUGGCAACGGAGCCUGAGUUGACUGAUCCCCAAACAGCGCGGGCGGAGACACCAUCCAGGCGCGAAGGGAGCACAUGGAGCAAGAUUGUCCACACUCUGACGAGGAGCGCUUCAAGUAGUGGACGCCGCUCUCGGACGAACUCGAUUGCCACAAGGGAGAGGAGACAGCACACUGACUCCAGUAUCAGCCGGGAGAGUGGUGUGAGUCUUCCAAGCCCGAAAACUGAGAAGAACGACAGCAUCAGUUCAGCCACAUACCCACACGGUCAACCAUCCUCGGCGUCAACUUCUGUACAUUCAUUGCUUCAAACUGCUCCUCCCAGCAACGGGGUUUCUCCCGUCCCUAUGACUCCUUCCGCUGAUCCUUUAGCAAAGUAUACACACGAAAAACUCAUGCCUUUCCCCGGGAUCAAGAAGCUGCAAGAGCAAUGGAACCACCGUCAACCUCUAUUUUCAUCUACUCCCGAUAUCGUUCUGUCGCAUCACGUCGAGGCUGAUAUACCGCUGCCAUCGAGUUCAUCCAGUAAUACCCCUUCUAACUCUCCUGAGAUAAAUGGAGAUAGAAAGCUAUCGCACCAGACAUCGGAUACCCAUCUGUUACAGAUCUACAAGGCUCAAGCCCCACCGCUUUCUGCGUCUGCUUCUACGUCCUCUCAUGACCACUACCAGCACGGCAGUCUCCACUCGCCAUCAUCCAUUAUGCUGAAAUCCCUUCCAACCAACCGAGAUGGUGUCCGGAGAUGGCUCAGUGCUAGGAAGCUGUUCCCUCAACCUUCACAGUCACCAGUAGGCAACUUGCCUUCAGUGCCUGCCCCCGAGCAGAAACCUGCAGUGGCCUCGAGGAAGCCCUCACUCUCUGACCUGUUCCGACUACGGAAGGAGAAUGAUACCGAGCUCCACGAUGAAUGGGUAGAUGUUGAUCGUGAUAAAACGCGUGUGGCAAUUAGUUCUAUUGGCAAUGGCCAGCCGAAGAAGGCAAAUGGUGAUUUCUCCCCAACUAGUCUCAACGGGAGCUCUGUCCAUGACGAUCUUCAGAAGACACCACGAGCCAGUAAGAUCGCCAGGCCCAACGGCCAGCCAUACUCUGCCACAGACCUUUCUCUGGUGCCCUCCACCCCGGCAACCCCUUCUCCCCCUGAGCUUCCGUCGUCCACCACACCUGAACCCUGGUCUUCACUAUCCGACUACCCCCAUCCCACAACAUCCGAGUCUUCUUCGUCCAACACUUCUUCGCAUUAUUCCAAUUACCCUGCGAAAGGUGGUAUACUGUUGGAGCGCUUAAAUGAGAUGCUUGGUCGAGGUUCGAGAAGUCCACUAUGGCUUUCUGCCAUUGAUGAGCCUCCACGGAAGUUUUUGCGAUGUUCUCCAGUCUUCCAGGUCGUGAAUUCCAAUAUCUGCAAGGAUCGCUUCCUCUUCCUGUUCAACGACAUUCUCGUUAUUGCUAAACCUCGCCCUGAAGAAUCCGAUACGUUCCUCGAAGUGACGAAGCCUAAUCCUACUGACCGGAAGUUCACCGUCAAGAAUGUUGUACUGCUACGACAACUCUACUUCACCAGCGAGCGCGAGGAGCCGUCUUCUAGGGUCAUACCAAGAACUCCCGUAGUGCAAGCCUUUGUUGAGCAAUUUUCAACAGACCCGGAUCACGCAGUCGCGACGCUUUUCAGUAGCUUGGGUCAUCGUGACGAUCCUGCUGCACUUGCGCAGCUUCUGUUCAAAACUCCACAUAUCGACAGGGUGCAGCUCGGUGAUUACCUGUCGCGGCGCACAAGUCGUGUUGUGCUCAAGCAUUACCUUGACGCCUUCGGGUUUAUUGGACUGAGGGUGGACAAAGCCCUUCGGGUGUUCCUUCAGUCCAUUCACAUUCCGGAACGGAGUAGCCACGGUGUCAGUCCUCUCGACAUUCUUCUCGAGUCAUUCGCAAAUCGAUGGUAUGAGGCUAACGCAGGACACAUCUCUUAUGACAAGGAUUUGGCCUCUCGCUUCGCGAGGGCCAUCGUGCAGCUGAACGACGUCCUGCACGGUGCCAUCGCUCAUGAGCCAGGUCAAAUGGGGCAUCCCAAAAGAAACAUUACUGCGAGAGACUUCCUUGAAGCUUUUCGACGUCAUGACAAUCGCCUGUCAGACGAGCUAUUGGGGGAUGUCUAUGACUCCAUUCGUCGCGAGCGCUUGUGUCAAGCGCGCAACCCGUCGUCUGGUGGCCCACCGGAGAUCACCGUCACUUUCAAACGCCCACUUCCUGCACGACUCACCUACCGGGUUCAGUCAGAGCCAAUCGUCAUCCGUAUCCCACAACCGGACCCGCAGUUCAGUAUUGAGUUGUUUGGGCACGAUCUGGUGUUUGACCCACCUGUGCUGUCAUUUGCGAAGUCCGCGGAAGCUUCCUUCCGCGUGACGGGGCGCUCAUUUGGCCUGAAGACAAUGUCCAUGCUGCGUUCAAGUCCGAAUGCUCUGCUGUAUACUGGCCUGGCCCAGAAUUAUACUAUAGCAGUGGAGCGUGCUUUCAUGCGCAACACCUUUCAGGUGGCGUUUUUGGAUCAUAACGGGACCAAGCGCAAAUACAUGUUCAGCGUCACUGACCCUGUCGUUCGUCACGAGUGGAAUGUUUCCCUCAAACGGGAAAUCGAUGCGUCUGUCGCAGCUGCUGAUCACCCCUACGGCAUAAGUUGGCCAUCCCCGCAGACCGGUCGGUUUUAUAAGGCAUCGUACAACAUGGCGUUUAAAGUCUUGCAAGAUACCCUACUCAAUCCAUCCUCACUCCUGGGCAAUCCCAAUCCCUGUCCUUCUAAGAAUGAUCAUGCACUAGAGCGCCUCACAUCAUCCGGCCUUCAUACCCGGGACCAAUCCAAAACCUCCCUUCGAUUCGGUGCGGACCGUCCAUCGGAGCCACCGCGUUCGAAGUCGCGGAGCAAGGUGUACCAUCGCCAUGGUCCUGGAAAGAUGGAGUCGGAAAGCAAUAGCCUCAGCUUUCCUCAUGAGAGCAGCGAUGAUGGUGGGGACGAUCCUGACACCCAGCUUAGAUCGGAUGAUCAAUACUGGUCAGGAAAGGAUUUGGCAAUGUACUGCCAGCAAAAUAGUUCCAUCGCCCUUUUGCUGGCAUACCUACAAGUCAGUACACCAGAUCCUAACGGUUCACAAUGACAGUCUUGUUUCGGUGAGAUUUUUGUUUUGUGAUAUAUGCCGACCACUGAGCUUUGUCACAGUGUCUCAUGCUUGCUCUCAGUCUCAUCAGAUAUCCCUCUAUAUUUCACGCAUCCCAUUCAUGUAUAUUCAAUCGUUCUGCUGUACCGUUCUGCACAUCACUAUUGCUAUGUCGUCCACUAUCAUUACUGCAUCUAUCCAUCCUUUAGUUACAUUUGAAUUCAUGAUGCAUUCUGGAGAAAGUACUUAAAAGCAAAUGACCAAACGCAAGCGUUGCAAGUAC